AUGUGUAUUGAUUACCGGCAAUUGAACAAGGUUACAAUCAAGAAUAAGUAUCCGCUGCCGAGGAUUGAUGAUUUGUUCGACCAGCUUCAGGGUGCCAGGGUAUUUUCCAAGAUUGACUUGCGAUCUGGCUACCAUCAGUUGAGGAUUAGGGCAUCCGAUGUCCCUAAGACAUCUUUCCGCACUCGGUACGGGCAUUAUGAGUUCUUGGUUAUGUCAUUCGGGUUGACAAAUGCCCCAGCAGCUUUCAUGGACUUGAUGAACCGAGUGUUCAGGCCUUAUUUGGACUCGUUCGUGAUAGUCUUCAUUGAUGAUAUAUUGAUAUAUUCCCGCAGCCAGGAGGAGCACGAGCAGCACCUUAGAUUGGUUCUUCAGACUCUGAGGGAUAGUCGGUUAUAUGCUAAGUUCUCGAAGUGUGAAUUCUGGUUGAGUUCGAUUGCAUUUCUGGGUCAUGAUAAGGUUGCUUUUAAACAAACUUCUCCUUAUGAAAACAUGGCAAUCUCAGAAUCGCAACGUUGGUUGGGCCCAUUUACAAUGUCCUCUAGUCCUCACCGUUGGAUGAGGGACAAGAUUUCGCUACAAAAAGUUUCUCAAACAUAA